AUGGCCAGACUCAGCAGAGCAGCAGAAGAAGAAGAAGGUGACUUGUCACUGCCGGUGGGGUUCAGAUUUCGGCCCACAGAUGAAGAGCUGGUGAACUACUAUUUGAAGAAUAAGCUGGAGGGCAUGGAAUCCCAUGCCGAAAACAUCAUUGAUGAAAUUGAUAUCCUCAAGUUCGAGCCUUGGGAUUUACCUGACAAAUCGUUGAUAAAGUCGGACGAUGAGAAUUGGUUCUUCUUCUACAAAUACAAAAAAGGAAGUAGGGCCACAAAGGAAGGCUUUUGGAAGAUCACAAGCAAAGAUCGUGUGAUCAAGGCUCGAGACAACAGAACUGUCAUCGCCAAAAAGAGGAUUCUGACCUUUUACAUAGGUCGUGUUCGUAAGUCCACGAAGACCAACUGGGUCAUUCAUGAGUAUUAUAUCCCUGAUGAUGCCCAUCCCAAUGCUAAUAAGCAGAGGGACUUCGUUCUCUGUCACUUAAAGAAAAAUGUGAAAAAAUCAGAUGAGAAUACUGAUGUUGCAACAACCUGUGAUGAAGGUGAAACUAGUACUCACAAUGCAUCUGAUUUCAAAAAUCAACCAGUACAUGGCAUGGUGAGUCUAGAGUUCCAAAUGCAGGAAGAUACUCGGCCACGAGAAAAUCUGGACUAUUUUGAGCUUACAAGGGAUCGUUGGCUUGCAAAUUCCCGUCGUAAUAAUGAUCACAAUGCGUUUCAAUCUGACUUUGAAGCAAAUGACCCCGAGGCCGAAGAGUUUGCCAGAUCGCUUCUUAUUGAUCCACAAUUUGACACAGACACAGACACAGAACCAAUCUAUGUGCAAAGUCCAGAGCGUUGUGAACCACAAAUGUUUUUUGAACCACAAUAUGUUUCGAGCCAGUCCAGACGAGAUACAGAUGUUAUGUUUCGUAACCUGUCAUCCAGACAGGCUUCUUCCUCUGUCAAUGUAGCACCUCAACCUCAGACGUCUGAGCUUCAACUACAGUCUGGCACAUCGGAAAGAACACAUAGACCACAACCAAAAUCCAUUAAUGUCUUAAGGGAUACUUCCGCUGUCAAUGUAGAUGCAUUAACCUUUUCUGUUAAUUGUAUACAAUUAGCGACUGAUGACGAAUAUUAUACGAAGGAAAGAACACGAAGAAGAAAACAUCCACCAGUAGGCAAAUUGAGAGAAAUAAAACUACAGCAAAGAAAGGCCAAAGAACCUGAAGAACGAAGAACUUCUGUUGAUUUGCCCCAGAAGCAGAUCUCUAUAACAAAGUCUAGCAUAGACAGGAAGGUAGCUCAAGGCAAAAAUGCAGAAAAGGAUGUGGAGCAGACACAGAAUAGAACAACCCCCAGCAAUUGGAAGGGCUCCUUCAUUACCUGGCAAACAUUCCCAUUGACAAGUCCCCCAUCAGUCUACAUUUGCAACACGAGAAAAAUGAAAUGGGGUGAGAGAGGCUCGAACUCUCGACCUCAGGAUAACUCAACUUCCAAGCUAUGA